UAUAUGAAAAUUAAAUUUGUAGUUAAAAAUGAUAAUGAUGAAAAUACCACUACAAACAGCAGCUGUACUGCUAAUAUAACUGAAGUUUUUGACAAAAGAACUGAAGAAAGUGAUAUAGAAACUGGUGAUGAUAAUGCAGUAGAUAAUUGA